AUGGCUUCCCUUGUAUUUGCCACGCUUCUUGCCAGCGCAUAUGGCAAGACAUUCAAAUCUCCUACUCCACCAAUGGGAUGGAAUAGCUACAAUCACUACAACUGUCGGCCAUCUGAGGACAUCAUCAAGAUCAAUGCUAAAGGGCUAGUUGAUCUUGGUUUCAAGGAUCUCGGCUACAGUAUCGUCACAGUUGAUUGUGGGUGGCCCUCGAGAGACCGGGAUAGCGAAGGAAGGCUUCAAUGGAAUGAGACUCUGUUCCCGUCGGGCCCCAAAGCCCUUGGAGAUUAUAUCCAUGAUCUAGGUCUUGAGUUUGGGCUGUACUCGGGAGCUGGAUAUUUACAGUGCGGUUCAACUGACAUUCCUGCUUCUCUUGACUACGAGGAGAUUGACGCAAAGUCAUUUGCCGAAUGGGGAGGCGAUACCCUCAAGUAUGACAACUGUUACGCGACAUCUAAGACCAACAUGGUCGACGCCAGUUCAGCUGAAGCAAAGAGCCCUAAUCGCUUUAUCAAGAUGGCCGCGGCGAUCAAUGAGACUGAUCGCGACAUUCAGUAUUUCCUCUGUCAAUGGGGUAUUGGCGAAGAUGUUCCUCAAUGGGCUGCUCCUCUAGGCAAUUCAUGGCGAAUGAGUAAUGAUAUCUUCAAUGCUUGGAGAGCUAUCUGGCGCAUUACUAACCAGGUUGUCGCUCACGCGAAAUACAAUGGGCCAGGCGCUUUCGCGGAUAUGGACAUGUUAAUCAUCGGUCUUGGUGCACUUUCGCACGAUGAAGAACGCUUUCACUUCGGCUUCUGGGCCAUGAUGAAAUCACCUCUCAUCAUCGGCGGUGUAAUGGACGCCAAGCAGAUCCCUGCCGAAUCUCUCGAGAUCAUGUCCAACAAAGAGGUCAUAGCUAUCAAUCAGGAUCCUCUGGCAGAAGCGGCGAAACUCGUUAUCCGAUAUACCGAGGAAGAGUGGGAUGUCUGGGCUGGAAAUCUCUCUUCCGACCGCAAAGUCCUUGGGGUUUUGAACUGGAAGAACGAAACCCAGACAGUGAAGGUCGAUCUGUCUCUGAUUGGAGUUGACAAGGCGGCUGCUCGAGACGUAUGGGCUCAUGAGGAUCUCAGCAUUUCUGGAAUCCAGGAAUUUAAACUCGCGCCUCAUGAGUUACGACAGCUCGUCUUAUCCGACAUCACUCCAGCUUCACUCCCCAAGGCCGCAGGCUACUACACAGCUCAAGACGCGACUCUCUCCGGUUCGACUUCUCUAAUCGACUGCAAAGACACAGAAUGUCUUCCAACUCACAAAAAGGUCGGAUCAAUCGGCAACGAUGCAAAAGUGACCUUCAAGUCAGUCAGUGCACCCAAAGACGGUUCAGUCUAUCUUGGCAUCGAUUACAUCAAUCAUGAGUAUCAUCACACGAUCGGCGAUUGGGAGACAAACUCCCGGAAUAUGUCAAUCUCGGUCAACGGAGGAGAUGCGAAGCGAUGGGCAUUCCCGAAUGCUGGAGGUGAUUGGUUUGAGAGCGACCGGCUCACCAUUCUUGUUGAUGGGUUCAAGAAGGGAGAUAGCAACGAAGUGACUUUUACUACGUCCAGCUCGGGCAGUUGGGCGCCUGAUUUGGUUGGAUUCGAGGUGCUGGAGUAGUCGAGAAGACAUCAUCAGAGCAGCCAUAUAUCUUGAUAUAUAAAUAGAGCCUCGGAAUGCUGAAACCACGUUUCUAGUUAUGUUGC